CGCGCUGAGCGUCCCCCGGGGGAUCUAAUUUCAGAUCCCCCGGGUCGGUAGCCGUACGAUCGAGCCUGUAACAGCCGUCGGAUCGAGCGAACCGUUACCUUCUCCCGCUUUUGCUACCAUGCAUGCACUUGUAGCAAAAAUUUCCCGUUUGUAGCAAACACAGAAAUCCGCACGUCCUUCGGGCUAGGGAGAGGUUGGAGCUCCCGCGACGCCGCCGCGACGCCGCCGGCGGAGACGGCGCGCGACUGGCCGGCGACAAACAAAGCAGAGAAGGGCGCAUCCAUGGCGCACCUGCUGAGAUCCGUCCUCUACCCAAACGGAGAACCUAGUCGUGCUGCACAGGUUGGAUCGAGCUCCUCUUCAAAUCCAGAUCUCGGCCGUCGUUUUCCGACGGGAUCCUCGAGCGGUGGCGCCGGAGUUCAGUCGGCGCAACCAAAUCGAAGUACCUACAACAACCCUCCUGUGUAUUUCACUCAAGACCCGGAGGUUGAAGAAGCUGCUCCAUCGGUUUUUGUUGCUGACAGCAUCUUGAGGGGUUUUGAUCUGAACAAUGCUGCACCAGAAACAAGUUCUGCACCAGAAAGCAGUGCUGCUGGAAAAUUUGUACCAGGACCUCACAGUGGGCAAGCUGGUUCUGCUGCAAGUGUAGCUCAGGAUUAUGAUGAAGAGAUAUUGUCCCAGCCUAUGGUACCAUAUGUUGGCCUGACUUUUGAUGACAUAGAAGAAGCAAAAGAGGUGUACAAUAAUUAUGCAUACAAACUAGGUUUUGGUACACACAUUGGCAAUACAAAGUACAGCACAGCGCGACAUGCUCCAAAAGGUACAAUUCUGAGCAGAGUUUUCGAAUGUGUUCAUGCUGGCAAACCUUUUGACGGAACAGCUAAAACUGCUAGAAGCAAUUCAGAAGGUUUUGUAGCAACAGAUAUGAGCAGCUUCAGUGCGCAGAAAUCAAAAGGGAAACAAGCCAAGGAGCAGAUGGAUGUAAAAGACACAAGGCAGCGGAACAUAGUGCUGCGACAUGACUGCAAAGCUCACAUGGUAGUUGGCAUGCGUGCAGGAGUUUGGACAGUCACAGUUUUCAACGCAGAGCACACACACCCAAUGGUGUCAAUGGUCGGGAGAAGACGGUUCUACCGAUCACACCGGAAGGUCCCAGAGGAAGAUUUCCAGUUGCUGCAAACACUUCACAACCAGAACAUAUCUACAUCAAAAAUAAUGGGAGCCCUAGCAGAUGUCCGUGGUGGUGAUGUGAGAGGGCUGCCAUAUGUCAAGAGGGAUGUAUCAAACAUCCGCACAAUGCUGCGAGAAGCUGUGACGCUGCGAGAUGUCAGCCUGACAGUUGAGUACUUUGAGAGGAGAAAAGCUGAAAACCCAAAUUUCUUCUAUGCCACACAACUUGAUGAAAAUAAUGCAGUCAGAGCACUGUUCUGGGUCGACGGAAGGACUAGAUCGCUGUACCAUAAGUAUAAGGACUGUGUGUUCUUUGACACAACGUUCUGCACAAACCGGUAUAAUAUGCCGUUUGCUCCUAUAGUGGGAAUCAAUAACCACACACAAACAAUUGUGUUGGGUUGUGCUCUGCUACCAGAUGAAUCAAUUGAAACAUUCAGAUGGGUUUUUGAGCGUUGGAUGAUGGCAAUGGAUAACAUGGCACCGGAAAACAUAAUGACUGACCAAGAUAAAGCAAUGGCAACAGCGAUUAGCAAGGUGUUCCCUAACGCAACUCAUAGAUGCUGCUUUUAUCAUGUUUUGAGUCUUGCUAGGAAAAAGCUUGGGCCAAACUUGAGAGAAGGAAAUCCAUUUGCAGAUGCAUUCUACUCAUGCAUAUAUGGAACAGAUACUCCCGAAGAAUUUGAGUUAUGUUGGCAGCAUAUGCUGCAAGUCUAUGGAAUGAAUGGCAACACACACUUGGAAAACAUGUGGGGGAGCAGAAAGACAUGGGCACCAGUGUAUUUUAGGCACAACUUCUUUCCAUUCACAAGUACCACAGGACGCUCUGAAGGACUGAACUCUUACUUCAAGACCUUGGUGCGACCAGGUGAAUCAGUAUUCAAUUUUGUGCAACAGUAUGAAUUAUGCCAGAACCUCAUGCUUGAUAGAGAAGACAACUCAGGUUUCAUAAUGGAAACUACAACAGCUCCACUUUGGGGAAGCUGGAGCAUUGAAAAGCAAGCAGUGCUGUUCUACACAAGAGAAGUGUUUGACAGGUUCCGGAAGAUGCUGCCAAAUGUCAACUCGGAUUUUAUCCGCUUCGAACGUAGCUAG